CGACAAUCAUUCGGUAGUUGGACGUCGAUGUGUAAGGUCGUCGUAUCGGAAAACCCUACAGUACAGUGAAGAUUGAUUCAUCGUGCUUAUUACGCCAGUGUGAUAAGUAAUGUGGAGUGUGUUUUUGUGACGAUAUUUUAAAUUUAUGGUAUGCACGCAAUGAGUGACCCCGCGUCGUUGGCCGGAAUGUUACCCUUUGAUUCAAUUGGACUCUAUGAGCAACCGAAACCAAGAUUUAUAUUCAAGAUGCCCCGUGUAGUUCCUGAUCAAAAAGCAAAAUUUGAAUCCGAUGAUCUCUUUAAAAGACUGAGUAGGGAGAGUGAGGUGAGGUACACUGGUUACCGUGAUCGCCCUCCAGAAGAGAGGCAGAUGCGUUUCACCAGUGGUUGUCGCGAGGGCCACACGGAAAUCGCCUUCACUGCUACCGGCACGAACCUCCAACUGGUGUUCGAUCACUCUCCAUAUAAUAAUAGAGGAUGUGAUUUCCAAAAAGAAAAUGGCAAAGCGCACAUUGUGUCCCGCUUCAUAAUGAAUGGGGUCUGUGUAAGAUGGCGCGGAUGGAUCGAUUUGGAGCGGCUCGAUGGCGCUGGGUGCCUCGAGCUCGACGAAGAACGGGCCGCGAUUGAAGAUGCGGCGUUGCGUGAUCAAAUCGAGCGCUAUAACCAGCGCCUCCGUGACUUUGAAGACAAACAGCGGGCUUAUCGGGAGCAUGGGGAAGAAAUGCGAGCUCACUCACAAGUACACGUGCAACGAUGCCAUCCAGCUCGCCAGCCGCCGCACGCCACGCACCCAGCUCAUCCGCAUCCAACACAUCCCGUUCACAUUAAACAUUCACAAGGAGCGCUCAUAUCCUAAAAAGUGAAAUCGCAAGCAAUGUUUUAUGCGCUAACCGAAACGCUCUAUACAUUAAAAAUCUAAUGUAUCUAAAGAAACUGUGAAGACCUUUUUCCUAAUUAAGCCAAUGAAUAUAACCAAAUCCAUAGUUGUAUGAAUACUAAUCAUUAUCAGUAUUUUCAAUGAGCAACUUAAUGCAAUGAUCGAUGUAAAUUUAAUUUUAAGAAAAUAGAAGUGAUGAAAAUUUGUUUUUCCGUUACUAGAUAUUUGGUUUUUAUUUGUAGUACUUUUUUCAUAACCAAGUUUAAACAAAAAAUCUCGGUUAAUAAUGGUGUUGGUUUUUAUACAGAUUAUCGGUAUACAUUUUGUCUAAAUCCAACGCUUCAAAGAAGAGGCAUUCAUGAGGAUCUCAUAUAUAUUACGAUUCCGUUUGUUUUAAAAGUUCAAUUUGAAAUAUAAGGCACCUUGUCUGUGCUUUUGCACUUGUUUCAUCUUAAUUACAAACAUAUUUGAUCUUGUAAGUUCUUAAAUAUUAUUUAAUAAUAUUACGUUAAUUUAGUUA